AUGAGGAUUCUGAUUUUUCUAAUAAAACUCAUCACCAUCUGUCAUUCUUCUGUUGCACAAAAGGAAGGUGUGAAUGUGAGGUUGGUUGGUGGUCACAGUCGCUGUGCUGGUAGAGUGGAGAUUCAUCACAGAGGUCAGUGGGGAACAGUGUGUGAUGAAGGUUGGGAUUUGGCUGAUGCUGCAGUGGUGUGUAAACAGCUGGACUGUGGAGAACCUGUAGAUGCUCUGGGUGAUGCUCAUUUUGGACCAGGAUCAGGACCAAUCUGGAUGAGUUAUGCUGUGUGUACUGGAUCAGAGUCUACACUGAAGAACUGUGGCUCAACAGGAUGGGGUAAAAGCACCUGUAAUCAUUCUAAAGAUGCUGGAGUCAUCUGCUCAGAAGUCAGGCUGGUUGGAGGUUCUCGCUGCUCUGGGAGGUUAGAGAUACUUGAUGAUCAGACGUGGGUUUCAGUGUGUGCUGCUGCCUUUGACCAGCAGGAUGCAGAGGUUGUGUGUAGAGAGCUGGACUGUGGGGCUCCUGUACAGGUGCUGGGAGAAGAUGCUUUUGGAAAAGGAGACGCUCAGAUCUGGACACAAGAGAUUCAGUGCAGAGGAAAUGAGUCUCAGAUUCACCUCUGUCCAAUAUCGUCUUCAUGCAACUGCUCACACAAAAACUGUGUUGGACUGCUGUGUGGAGACAGCGUGAAUGUGAGGUUGGUUAAUGGUACCAGUCGCUGUUCUGGUAGAGUGGAGGUUCUUCAUAGAGGUCAGUGGGGAACAGUGUGUGAUAAUGAUUGGGAUCUGACUGAUGCUGCAGUGGUGUGUAGAGAGCUGGACUGUGGAGAUCCUCUAGAUGCUCUGAGAGAUGCCCAUUUUGGACAAGGAUCAGGACCAAUUGGGAUCAGUAAUGCUGUGUGCACUGGAUCAGAAACAACACUGAAGAACUGUGAUUCAUCAGGUUGGGGUAAACAGCACUGUGAUCAUACUAAAGAUGCUGGAGUCAUCUGCUCAGGUAAACUACUCUACUUAGUGUUCAUGAUGGUGAAAUGA